CAACCUCGAAGGCGACUUGUGGGCUUUCGACGCCACAUCCGAAGCAUGGACCCACACGGUGACGGCCGUGACGCCGGCAGCUCGCGCUGCACAUGCGGCGGGCUGGGAUCCUACCAAUCAAGCACUUUGGGUGCAUGGCGGGCACAACAGCCAAGCAAAGACUUGGUUCCGCGACGUGUGGAGAUUUCAGUCUGGCGCUUGGACGCUCGAGUUUGACGGUGCCGGGCCUUGCGGAAGGCAAGCACACGUGGCUGUUUGGGUGUCGAGCACGUCUUCUCUUUGGGUGCACGGCGGCUGGACCGGCAGUCGCCGCUUGUCAGACUUGUGGAGCUACAAUCACCAGGCUCACGGAUGGCAGGAGCUGGCUCCCGUGGCACCAAGCGGAGUGCCACCGGCACGCUCGCAUCAUGUUGCGGUGUGGGAUGGGACCGGCCAGGCACUCUGGAUGCACGGAGGCUACGGUGACUCCUUGCUCGGAGAUCUCUGGACUCUGGCUGCUUCCAGCCUCAGUUGGACUGAAGUGGUCUCUGAUGGAGGCCCAACCGCAAGGUCAGGCCAUGCUGCGGUGUGGGAUGACGCCAACCGCAGGCUCUGGCUGCACGGCGGCAACGACGGCUUCCUGAAGCGGGAACUCUGGAGAUACGAGACCGGCAGCAACAUCUGGAGCCUGGUUGCAGAACAUGCAGGUCCUUCAGGACGCUGGUCUCAUGCAGCUGCCUGGGAUGGCCUCAACCAGGUUCUGGGCCACAACAACGUCCACGACGUCCUUCAGCACGAGCACCGUGACUUUGACUUCCAGCAAGAUAAGGCUGGUGCCGUGGCCACCAGUGUUCCCACCAACAGCAACCCCGCGGCAUCAGUGGAUGGAGCCGCAGCCGUCACCCACACUCCCCCGCCUGACACCGUCUACAUGCUGUCGAUCGUGACGGGGACCCCGACCUUCCUCUCCAGCUCCCAGCUUUCCGCGCCUGCAGAGAUUCAGCGCACCGGCGCGUUAUGCAAGCAGACAGACUAUUGCAGCGUGACACAUUGCGUGCGUCGUCGCCUCACUGUCUUCGGCAUCUUCAACACCCACUUCGCUUCAGAGUUUCACAUCUUGGCACUCAUUCCAAAGGAGGAUGGGAAGUCCGACCAGAAGGCUCUGAAGCCCAAGCUAUCGGGCCGGGAGAUUACAGGUCCAGAAGCUUGGAGGGUAGGGCGCCCUCGUUUUGAGGCAAAAAGCUACCUUGCUUCGCCAGCGCUGGCGGCUGGUGCUUUUGCAUGGCAAGCGGAGCUGGGACGGCCGGCGCUUGGCCUACAAGCCCUACCACAACUUCGCCUACAAGCUUUGCACUACGAGAACAGUGGCCAAGCUGGACACCGGCAGGUAUGGAGUUCCGCGUACACCGGAGAGCCCGACCCCUUCGAAGACUACCAGCAGCGUGCCUGGGAUCUCUUACAUGGCAGAGGGCCGGAUCAGCUCCAGCUGGCCACGCCGGUUCAUUUCAGAGCUGGCUUGACAGGCACGGCUUACGAAGCUGUGCGAAAGCUUGCACACGACAAGCUGAAGACCUCCGACGGCAACGUCGCGGAUGCAGGCAUGAAGCUGCUGCUCCAGACGCUCAAGGACAGCAUCGCCGUGGAGGCCCCGGUGACGGUGACUGAGUUGUUCCUGAAUGCCUUCUACAGCCCCGAUGUUUGGAGGCAGCAAGUCGAGACGAUGCAACAGUACAUAUUGAGAAGGGAGCAGGACAUGAAAAGACGGGAAGAGGUCUUGCCUGGAAGCGCUAUCCCCGACCACCUCCGUGCGUUUAUGUUGCUCGUCUUCGGCGGCCUCGACCGUGGAGAACUGAUGGCUAUUUUGGCCAGCGUUGGCAACGACUCUGACUUCAAGAAGAUCGGCCAUGCCCUUCGAAUCCAGUUCCCGAACAGUGCCAACAAGCCGGUGCACAGACACGACGCCGCAGACGGCCCGGACAUGAUGGACGAGACCUACCAGGCCGCGGGCGAUGACGAGCAGGCGGUCAUAAAGGCAACGAUUCAGGACUAUGACGUCGCCGAGGACCCUGAGCUCGCGGAGGCCUACGCGACCAUCUUGCGCAAGAAUGCCAAGAAAGGACAGCUCUCGGGAUCUCUCGGGAACGGAGCUUCCUUAGCAUAUCCCUUCCGAGCUCAGGGUGAGAUUGCCUUUGACCAGAAGGGCAACGACCCGAAGAGGAACGCGAUCAAGUCCCUGAAGCAGGCGACUCCCUGCACCACUUGCGGAAUGAAGGGCCACUGGUCUGGUGACCCAGAAUUUGCUCAAAAAGGAAAAGGUGCGAAGACCACUGCCAAGAAGGUCGUGCCGAAGAAAAAGGGCGUGUUCUAUGUGAACCCCGAGCACCCCGAGACGGCCGAUGAGCAGUGCUUCGCCGACUCCCGGGUCUUCGAUGCCAGACGUUGCCGUUUCCAACGCGAGCGAGUUCGCGAAUGCCGCCCACCCGACACCUACCAGAACACACUCAAGCUACUGCGGGAUGACGAAGUACUUCCGCAGCGCGUCGCCAUCAUGGAGCAGAACAAGGACAAACGAGAAGCGGCCCCGGAGACGAGUUGGACGUGGUCACGGUGCAAGGACUGCGAGGCGGCGAUCUUCUCUGGAACCGCAGAGGACGAGGGUGCCCUCGGCAACAUCGGUCCGGGAGCAGGAGGACAACAACCGCAGCCAGGACAACAGCAAAGGACGGGCACAACAGAGACGCCCCCAGUACCAAUGGAUCCAACACAACCGCCGUCUUCUACGACUACCACGGCCCUGGCACCAUCACCUCCUCCUGCAGGACAACCGAUGCCGCUCACACUCCGGAACCCCGACCAGCUUAAUGCUUACAACCCGUUGCGCCGAGGAGUUCUUUGUGAUGAGCAACCCUACCUUGUCGAAGACUGCCCCACACUACCGGAACGCGCCGCGAGCCUACGUGAACAUGGCUAUGAAAGCGAGGCAGAAAGCGGCGCAGCGAAGAAGGGCCGAGAAAAGUUUGAUGCCUCAAUGGGCAAGGAAUGUGGGUCAUGGCAAAAGUUCAGCGCAGUCGAGGAAUUGACCAAGGAGCAGCUUCCCAAGGACUGCGACGCCAUCGAAGGUGCCGACUACCUAUUGCUGGACAAGGACAGGUGA